UGAGGCGGGGGCAGGUGUCACAGUGACAGCACCCUCCUCCAUCAAGUGGGGGGCAGGAAGAGGAAGCAGCUUAACUGCUACGUAACUCGAUGGACGGACGUGCUCACUUUCCAGUUUUCCUACUUCCUGUUGCUCAGAAGUGUCCUAGGAUCGGGGGUCCUGGCCAUGACGCUGCGGGGGGCUGGAGAGGCCGCAGAGGGUGUGCUCUGUGCCGGUCGUUCCUGAAGGAGAACCACGUUUACGGACAAAGGGCAAAGCAGAUCCAAGACCUGGCACGAACAUGGGACGGGGCAUGUAUGUCUCCUCGAUCGGCCACACGUCCCCAGCAGGGUCCCCGUUCCUUUGCUCCCACGCUGAGGCCUGGGAGUCGAAGUGCUAGGUGCGUCCUGGGGAGAGGCAAGGAAGGGGCCAAAACGGAGGGACUGCCCUGCGGGCCAGAAGCAGACCUGCGGGGAGAAGGUGCCCCUGACGGCCGGCUUGUUUCUCGUGGACACUGAUGUGCUCGCAGGCCAGGCAUGGUGGCGGGGAGAUUCUGGGGACCAGUGCCUGGGGAGAGGGAGCAGGAGGAGAACAGGGCUGGGACACAAAGGGGCUGGUGGUCCAGAGACUGCAGCCAAGGGGCUCAGGCAGGGCCGGUCAGGCCAGAUCAGGAGGGCGAGGCCCAGGACCGGAGUCUGGGGACUACUGAGGGGACAAAGCCUACUGAACAGGCGCCAUUGUUAUGAUCGCCUUUUAUGCCCAGUUACUCCCAGCAUGGAGGCCAGACCCUCGCUCAGCCCGGAGUGGCCCAGCAGCAGCUCAGGGGGAGCAGCGUGCCCCUCAUCUGCCCUCUUGUCUUCUUCUUUGCAGGAAAGCGUGGAUCUGGGAGAGAUCAUGUUCUCCCUCUGCUACCUGCCCACUGCGGGCAGGCUCACCCUCACGGUGAUCAAAUGUCGGAACCUCAAGGCGAUGGACAUCACGGGCUAUUCAGAUCCAUACGUCAAAGUGUCGCUGCUUUGUGACGGGCGCAGGCUGAAGAAGAAGAAAACCACCAUAAAGAAGAACACGCUCAAUCCCGUCUACAAUGAGGCCAUCAUCUUUGACAUUCCCCCGGAGAACAUGGAUCAAGUCAGCCUGCUCAUCUCCGUUAUGGAUUAUGACCGAGUGGGCCACAACGAGAUCAUCGGAGUCUGCCGCGUGGGGAUCAGCGCCGACGGCCUGGGCCGGGACCACUGGAACGAGAUGCUGGCGUACCCGCGGAAGCCCAUUGCGCACUGGCACUCCUUGGUGGAGGUAAAGAAAUCCUUCAAAGAGGCAACUCUGAUCCUAAAUGAUGACUGAGUCGGGGAGCCGGCAUCUUGUACCCCCUUUUCUGAUCUUGAAUCUGCGACAACCCGUCACAGUUACCAGGCGGGGCUGUCCACGCAAACUGGAAGGACGCGAUCGGCAGCGGCUGGGGUUGGGGGCGGGUGCAGGUAGCACGGAGAUGUUAGGACUUGGCCCCAGAAUCACUCUCUUUCGUGAUGAAUACAAGCUAAUUGAGCCAAAUAAUUGAUUCCAAAAUCCUAUUUCUUUAGUGAGUCCAACUCACUAGUCCAGACUACAAAAGAAAGAUAAAGUAGAAUCAAGCCUUUGAAAAUGAAUAUUUGAUGAGGCAGGAAAGGGAAAGGAACAGUAUAUGGAAAACGAAAAGAGAAAUAAAUUGAUUUACAUCCUUCGGGUUUACUUUUUUCUUGACUCGGAACAUCGGUCUCCCAGGACUGCCCCUCCCCCACUCACGAGCCGACCACUUUCUGCUCAGCUGAUCAUCUCUGCACGAAGAAGCCAAAAAUGACGUCCGUCUUGGCAAUCCAGGAUUUCAUCGGUUCGAACCCAUGUAAAAUUUGUAUCCACACCCUGAGCGCCCGCAGUUUAAGCACCUUUAUAAGCACGCAUCGAAAACCCGCCGGGCUGAUAUUGAGGGAACGUUCUUUGCGUUCACGGGACGCAUUGUGUCUGCGCGUCCCUCUCGGUCAUCCUCGGAGCUCACGCCCUGCCUUAUUUUGGGUCCUGCUCUGGACCUCGAGCGAGAGUCUUGCUCCCGUGGUUUGUUUCUCCUCUUUGUGGAACAUGGGGAGAAAUCUCGCUCUCCAGCUCCCGGGAGGGUAAACGCCGUCCGUCACAUUUGCACACACUCCGCAUUUGGAUCGCAUUUUUCUUAGAAGAGUUUCGAGCGCUGUGAUCGUUUCUUUUUUAUUAAUGAGAACAGAGGGCACCAUACUUGCUCGCUUGUUUGGGGGUUUUAAAUAAGGUCGAGGGGAACAAAUUAGCUGAUAGGUAUUUUUCCCUGCUGGGAUUUUUUUCCACGAAUACACAUUGAUUAAGCCACAGCGAGCCUCCUUCUCUGGCAGUGGCUGCGUUCAGUGCUGCUACCCAAUGCCGCGGGGUCAUCGCUGUCACCACACACAAAGCCCAGGCUGGCCAGCAACCUUCUCCGGCUCGGCCAAAUUCGGAUCAUCUGCCAGAGAUUUCAGAUCUCUGUUGGCAGGGGACCCAUUUCAGAACAAUGAAAGAUCUUACUGGAACGCAGCCACCCCUGAACGAUCACCUUCCUGUGUGCUGGGGCCGGUUCUCUGCUGUGUCAGAGCCACGUGAUAAGCCUCGCGGGAUCAUUCCCCUUCCCGCUGUCCAUGGACCCCAUCUCCUCCCUGUGUUUAGCUUCAUAGGAGAAAUCCGGGUUGGCAGGGGAGCCCGUGUGCCUUCUUCAUUUGUCCUGGAUCAACAAUUACGCUCCAUGUGCCUUCUCUUUGGGCUGUUAUAUAAGAAAGACAGGUACCCUGGGUAGCUAUUUCGUUUUUUUCUCCCCUGAAUGGACCUAUCAAUCAGGUUGUUUAAGUGGCAGGCUAACCCAGGGGAGAAGCCAGUAAUUAUAACGUACCUUUUACCAACAUUAAAGGUUGUAACAGAAAAAGUAGGACUUCUAAAACGAAGGUCUGGUAAACGAAAGCAAAUCGUGGUAUGUCACCUUCUGGUUAAGAAACGCUUGAGUCAGAAGUCAAAAUGGGCUCAACAA